CUUCUAACCCUCCUCAAUUGCUGGGCCUCAACUUUAACAUCCUUACUUUCGUGAAUCUUUCAUUAUGCCUACUGCUGAAAACAAACCACAGACCCUCUACGAUAAGGUCUUCCAGGACCACAUCGUUGAUGAGAGGCUUGACGGCACAAUUCUUCUUUACAUUGACAGACACUUGGUUCACGAGGUCACAUCACCUCAAGCCUUUGAAGGUCUGAAGAAUGCGGGACGAAAAGUGAGAAGACCAGAUUGCACACUUGCAACCACCGACCAUAACGUCCCUACCACUUCUCGAAAAACCCUCAAGAACAUCGAGACGUUCGUCGAGGAGGAGGACUCUAGACUCCAAUGCAUGACUCUUGAGGAGAAUGUCAAGGAUUUCGGCAUCACAUAUUUUGGUCUUGGCGACAAGCGUCAAGGCAUUGUUCACAUCAUUGGCCCUGAGCAAGGGUUCACCCUCCCUGGAACAACAGUUGUGUGUGGCGAUAGUCACACUUCAACACAUGGAGCUUUUGGAGCCUUGGCUUUCGGAAUCGGCACAAGUGAAGUCGAACACGUUCUUGCCACCCAGACUUUGAUCACAAAGCGAAGCAAGAAUAUGCGAAUUAAGGUUGAUGGCAACCUCUCGCCUGGGGUUAGCUCGAAAGACAUUAUUCUUCAUGCGAUUGGAAAAAUUGGCACUGCUGGUGGUACGGGUGCUGUCAUCGAAUUCUGCGGUUCUGCCAUUGAAUCUUUGAGUAUGGAGGCUAGGAUGUCGAUUUGUAACAUGUCAAUCGAGGGAGGUGCCAGAGCCGGUAUGGUAGCUCCAGAUGAGGUCACAUUUGAGUAUCUCAAGGGUCGGCCGCUUGCACCCAAAUACGGCUCAGAGGAGUGGAACAGGGCAGUCAAGUACUGGAAGAGCCUCAAAUCCGACCCGGGUGCAAAAUAUGACAUCGACGUUUUCAUAGACGCCGCGGACAUCACACCUACGGUUACUUGGGGAACCAGUCCUGAGGAUGUUGUGCCAAUUACUGGCAAGGUUCCUGACCCAGAGACCUUCUCGACUCCGGAGAAGAGGGCAGCAGGCCGAAGAAAGCUCGAAUACAUGGGUCUUGCGGCCAACACCCCAAUGGAAGAAGUUGUUUUGGACAAAGUUUUCAUUGGAUCUUGCACGAACGCUCGUAUUGAGGAUCUUCGUGCUGCAGCGCAGGUCGUCAAAGGCAAGAAAGUUGCGUCCAACAUCAAGCGGGCAAUGAUCGUUCCUGGGUCCGGUCUCGUCAAGACCCAAGCAGAGGCAGAGGGGCUUGACAAGAUCUUCCUCGAUGCUGGCUUUGAAUGGCGAGAGGCAGGAUGCAGUAUGUGCCUUGGCAUGAACCCUGAUAUCCUAUCGCCACAAGAGCGCUGCGCAAGCACCAGCAACCGAAACUUCGAAGGUCGACAAGGAGCUGGUGGUCGCACGCAUUUGAUGUCGCCAGUUAUGGCCGCAGCUUGUGCCAUCGUUGGUAAGCUUACUGAUGUACGCAAGCUUUCCGACCAGAAUGUCACGCCUCGGAAGGCAUCACCGACACCCAUGGAGAUCAAGCCUCAUGUUGACGAACGGGUUGAGACUGAUGAUGAUGAGCGUGAAAUGAUCGCUGAUCAGCCAGAGGAUAAUGCUCCACACACAAACACUAUCGCCGCUCACAGCUCGGCUGGUCUCCCCAAAUUCGAGGUCUACAAAGGUCUCGCUGCACCCCUUGACCGAUCAAACGUCGACACCGACGCCAUCAUCCCGAAACAAUUCUUGAAGACGAUUAAGCGAACUGGCCUCUGCUCAGCUCUCUUCUAUGAGCUCCGAUUCAACCUAGAUGGUACUGAAAAGCCCGACUUCAUCCUCAACCAAGAACCUUACCGAAAAGCCAAGAUCCUCGUUGUCACUGGACCCAACUUUGGUUGUGGUAGCUCCCGAGAACACGCUCCUUGGGCUCUCCUAGACUUCGGCAUUAAGUGUGUGAUUGCACCAUCUUAUGCCGAUAUUUUCUUUAACAACACAUUCAAGAAUGGCAUGCUCCCCAUUGCCAUCACCAACAAAGAUGACCUUGACAAGAUCGCGGCGGAAGCUCGGGCUGGAAAGGAGAUUGAGGUCGACCUUCCAAACCAAACCAUCAAUGACGCAUCCGGCAAGAAGAUCUGCAGCUUCGAUGUGGACGAAUUCCGGAAACACUGCUUAAUCAACGGGCUCGACGAUAUUGGAUUGACCAUGCAGAUGGAGGACAAGAUCAAGGCGUUUGAGAAGAAGAUGACACAGCAGACGCCGUGGUUAGAUGGUUCAGGAUACUUGAAGAGAGACAAGUCAGGCAGACUUGCCGCUAAGGCAGUGCCAGUCCCGAAGACAAAUAGGGGUGAGGAGGUCAAGGAGCCGCUUGAGUGGUAG